CCGAGGAAGAGAAUAAGAUAUUUUCAUUGGUUUAAUUUUCACAAUAUGGAGGACAACGAUGAAACAUGUGUUAUUUCAGAGAUAAAAACCAAAACACACCAAUGUUUUGAAAGUAGAAAACAUGCCAAUUGCCUUUUGGAUAUCAUUGGGCAUUCUGAGACAAACAGUAAAACAGUUUUAUUAGCAUGCAUUCGAUCCUUCCACAAAUUGUUUACAAAAUACCUUUCUUCUGGAGAAUUAUUCCUGGAUAUUCCAAGUGAUCUCAAAGACACAGAUCUUACAAAAGAAGAAAAAUACAAAGGUUGGCUAAAGGAGCGAUAUAAAGAUGUUGUUACCAGGCUGAUUCAGCUACUUCACCAUGAAAAUCCAAAUAUCAGGGAGCUGUCUUUGUGCACACUGAUGAAGUUUGUGUUGGAGGAGGGCCAGCUUCCAGUGGCUAAACACACACCAAGCAGGACUCAUUUCCCUCUAGCCUUGUUUAGGAGAGUUGUUCAUUCAUUGACCUCCGAAUCAAUUGAUCUGAGUGCUCUGAUUGGUCGAUUUCAAGAGUACUUGGCAUAUGAUGAUGUUCGAUACCAUCUCAUGAGAAUUCUUCACAAACAAAUAGCAUCCAAGGCACAGGGGCCUUUGACUGAUGUCUAUCUAAAUAACAUUCUGAUGCUGCUUGAACAGAUAAGUUUCACAUCUGUUGGAAGUGAGAAUUCUGAGGAACUGCAUCAUUUUUUGACAAAGUACCCAGAAAGUGAAAAUGCACUUAAAGUCAAAAGCUUAGAUGAACAGAAGAAAGUAUUUACAAAUUUAUGGAUUGAUUUUUUACAGUUAAAGCUUCCUAACUCAGUGUACAAGAGGGUGUUGAUCAAUCUCCACGACAACGUGAUGCCACACCUGACUAAUCCGCUAUAUCUGAGCGACUUCCUCACAGCGUCUUAUGAUGUCGGGGGCGCCAUAAGCUUGUUAGCCCUGAAUAGUCUCUUUGUUCUAGUACAUAAACACAACCUAGACUACCCAGAUUUUUAUGAGAAGCUGUAUGCAUUGUUUGAACCCAGUGUCCUACAUGUGAAGUACAGAGCCCGCUUCUUCCAUCUCUGUGACCUAUUUUUAUCAUCAACCCACUUACCAGCUGCAAUGGUGGCAGCUUUUGCGAAGAGACUUGCUAGGAUCUCUUUGACAGCCCCAGCAAAUGCUCUGGUGAUAACUAUACCAUUCAUAUAUAAUCUGAUCAACAGACACCCCAACUGUAAAGUACUCAUCAACAAGGACACUCCCACUGAAUUGUUGGAGGACCCUUACAGCCAGGAAGAACCAGAUCCUGUCAAGAGCAGAGCAAUAGAAAGUUCACUUUGGGAACUGAAGACACUGCAGAGCCACUUUCAUCCCGAUGUAGCUAAAAAAGCCCAGAGAAUAGACCAGCCCUUGUCAAAGGAAGAAAUUCCAUUGGGGGACCUUCUGGAAACUUCGUACAAUGAUCUUUACGCAAAAGACACAAGAAAGAAAGUAAAGCAUUCUCCAAUGAACUUUAACCUGCCAAAGGGAAUUAUGGGACUUCCAAGUGACAAACUGAACCUGUGCUGGACAUUGGAGUGAUUUUUUUGAAUUUAAAAAAUAUUGUAAUGUUGAUAUACUUGUUAUGUUUUCAACAAAAAGAAAUUAAUUAGAACGUGGAAAUUUUAUUUUGAAUGAUGAUAAUUUUUUUAAAAUGUAACCACUUACAUAAUAAAUUAACAGAUUUGGGGAGAAAAACCAUGCAUACAAGCAUUUGGCUGCAGAGUAAAAAUGCUACAACUGUUAAAAAAAACUGUUGUGUAUAGAUUUGUGCAAUACUUCUGUUCAAUAUUUUAUGACUAAAGGGCUGACAUAAG